CCCAUUUGUUAGGGUCGUCGCGUCACUGGUAGUCAUAAACCGUACCUAUUUCUAGAAUUUAUCUUAUUAAAAUCUCAUUUUAAACGUAACCUUAACCACACUGCUCACCUUGAAUUGAGAUCCAAAUGCUCGUUUAUGCUUUUACAAUACCGCUAUCUAGCUAGUGGUAACCUAAUUUGAAUGAAGGAUCAACUUCUUACUGUAGCUAGCAACUCAUUUCGAACCGAUUUUUUUGAGAAGAAGAAUCGGUCGGUGUUUUGUUUAAAUAUCGAGGAGCUGAUUAGCACAGGUGUGAACUUGUACAUGUGAUAAGUUCCAGGAUUACUCGCUUGAUUGGCAAACAAAGACCAUCUUGCAAGUUAGCGUGCUUGACACUGAUAGUAUAGUACCAGCCAACGCCCGGUAGUAACCGUCGCUGUCUUGCUGUUAGGCUUUUUCGUCUCGCACCGUGCUCAUAUUGAAAAUAUUCAUUAUACAGUUAAAACAAGAGAAGGUAUACGAGGACUGACUAAGGCUACUGCUGUCAAAUGAACUGUGUCGGACGUCCCCAUAAGUGACAUAGGGAAGUGUGGUAAGUGGAGUGGAUGUCUGAGCCUCGGGUCACUGUGGGGCAAGAUGAGGCAGGGGCCGGGAGAGGGGAGAAAGAAGCUAAAUCGGCACCACUGAAACAGCCCUCCAAUGAAGCCUCCAGGCCUGGACAGCUGGGGCUGCCCCCAGGCUCUCAGCUCCCUUCUACUGAACCAAGCCCCUCCCCGUCUGCUGAAGGAAGCGGCUUGCUGUCGUUGCCGUGGGAGAUGGUGGCUCGCAUCGCCUCACACCUCCCGGCACAGUGUGUCAUCACGGUCCUGCCACAGGUGUGUCACGCCCUGGGAAAUGUGGGUAAGGACAGCACGGCGUGGCAGUUGCGGGCACGCAGGCUAACUGGUCCCAGAGCUUCCUUCCCCGUGGGGCCACGAGAUGGCUUCGACUGGCCCUCGGCCUGCCUGGAGAUGGAGGAGCUGAUCGCUUGCUGGACGGGCCAGGGGGAGAGGGCUGCCAGGGAAGCCGAGCAGGCAGAGAGGGAGAGAGAGGUGGAGAGGGCCCAGGAGAGGGAAAGGGAUAGAGCGGCCCUGGCAGAGGAAGGGAUUGGAGAGUGGGAGGAGGUGGAAGAGGGCAGACCCCAAGUGGAUGAAGGGGUGGAUGAAGUGGGUUUUCAAGUGGAGGGCGUGAUGGCGGUAGCGUGGGAUAGGGAGGAGUUGAUGGAGGGAGAGAUGCCGCAAGAUAGGGAAGGAGAUCUACCGAUGGGAGUUGGGGAGAAGAGGCAGGAGGUUGCAGCCGAGGCCAUGAUGAUGAUGGAGGAGGAGCGAGAUGAUGAACAAGGUGUCCUGGAGGCCAUCGAGGUGGAGGAGAGAGUGGGAGUUUUGGCGGAUAGAGACGGUCAAGAUUACAUAGCGGGCCCGAGAUUGGGAAGCGAGGGGGAGAGAAACAGGUCCAGCCGCGCUCCCAGUCCUCCCCCAGCCCUGGAGCGCCUCUCCCUCCCCUCGGGGCACAUCGCUGAGGUCAACUCGGUCCUCUUGGUAGGGGGUGACGGGGCGUUGUGUGCCUCAGGCUCCCGUGACAGGAACGUGAACCUGUGGGACCUACGGGAAGGGGGCUCCACGGGCAGGCUGCUCCAUACACUGGGGGGCCAGGGCCUCUUCAGCACCCACAAAGGCUGGGUGUGGUGCCUGGCGGCCAGGGGACCCCUGCUGGCCUCGGGCUCCUUCGACAGCACAGUGAGGCUAUGGGACCUGGGGGCCCAAGGAGCUGAGAGGGGCCUAAUCAGGGCCCGGGCUGCCGUGCUCUGCCUGGCCCUCCCCCAGAAGGAUGUGCUGCUGGCCGGCACCUACGACAAGAAGGUCAGCGUCUACGACACAAGAGUGGCGGAGCCUCUGGUAAAGAGCCUGCGUCUCCAUAGCAACGCGGUGCUGUGCCUGGUAGCAGACGAGCAGUACAUCCUUUCUGGGAGUAAAGACCGCACUGUGGUCAUCUACGACCGAAGAGCAGGGAAAACCCUACAGAAACUACAGCUGGGCUCCUACCUGCUGUCAAUGUGCUACAGUGACAGAGAGGUGUGGGCGGGGGACAACCGGGGCAUGCUCCAUGCCUUCUCUAUGCAGGCCGGUUUCUUCAAGCCCCUCUCCCAGUUCGACGUGGGACACACCUCACUGGUCACCGGCAUCCACAGGUCCCCUGGGAGCCUCUACACCUGCUCCGCUGACCGCACCAUCAAGGUGCACCUCCCCUGUGCCCCUCCAAGGACGCUGUGCACACUACACCACCAAGCAGGCGUCAAUGGGUUGAGUGUCGAAGCAGGAGUGCUGGCGAUCGCGUCAGGAGAAAUGUGUGUGGAGGUGUGGAGGGCCAGGAGGUGAGGGGGGCCACACCCACCCUAAUCUACUUAUGUUCCUGAAGUGAUGCAAGAUGACUGACGUAUAAUGGUCUGUCAUUUAAAUGAUAUACUUUCUCAUACUGUAUGCUGUGAGAAUGUUGACGUGAAGGACCAGUGCUCUUAGCUUUACCCAAAAACUAUAUACAAGCCAAACAUAUUUAGUGUGUCUGUGUGAUUCCCAUGUAUUUUAUCAAAGAAAAUAAGAAAAGAACACACAAAGGCUUCCUUAACUAAUGUAAAGAAAUGUAAUAGAAAGGGCCUAAGGUAAUAGCACUUCAUGGUGUCAUUCUGUCUGUGUCCCUGUGUUGACCCAGCACUCGUUCAAACCAUUUCACAUAAACUGGAUUUGGGAGUUAAUUUGAGGCACAGCACUACUGAAGGGUUUUAAACACUUGUACAUGAUUUGAUUUUUCAAUGGCCUGAUUUUAGCUUGUUAAUUAAAAUGACAUUCCACCAGCAGCAUUCCAGACAGUUGGUCUCUAGAAAAUAGAUUAAGUAUUUUUCUCUUUGACAAUUGAAACAGAUUCGGAAACACAAUGGAAAGAAUCAGUCAAGCCGUUCUGACACACUGAUUGUAAAGUAUUUUGGUCUACCUGUCAUAAUGUGUGUAGUGGCGUUCUUAUACUCAGUACCACAGCACUUGUUUGUCAAUUACACUGUUUUGAGUUCUUCCUCUUUGUCAUUCUCUCUUAGGGUAACUACUUUACCAACUCUUAACGUUUUUAUUUAAUUCUGCACUGUUGAGGAAAGCGCUGUACCGUUACACACGUGACAAAAUAAACUUUGAUUUGAAUCUGUAGCGUCCCAGCAUCAACCUCGCUCAAGUGGCUCAUUUGAGUGCAAAACCCAAUAGUACUGCAUUGUUCACUAAUUAUUUGUUACAAGUUUUUUAAAAUGUAUUACACACACUGAUAGUCUGAGGCAAGUGUCUGUCCUUCGCAACAAUCAAUCUCCAUGCCAACUCCUUAUCUGCGACCCUUCUUCACCUUCUGCAAGAGUCAUCUGACUGCAUAAAAAUACCCAAAUGAUUCAGAUUUUGUAAAUAUGCUUUUGUGAAUAUGCGAUGUGUGAUUUCUUUUGUUAUGAAUAAAAUGUUUACACUCAAUCAAUUCAUUGUU